CGAUUGGCGGGCCAUUCAGUUGCCGCGCAGCUGCUAGACGAGAAACCCACGAAAAGAACACUUCACUUCCAGAAAAAGGAAAGGCAAUUUUUUUCUGUGUGUGUGUGUUUUUCAGUGCGAGAGGGAUUUUCUAGCCAAGGCGAAAGUGUUUUUCUUCUACUCGCAGCCGUACGUAAUCGCAUUGCCAUGUCGCUCUAUCGCAUUUCCGCACGCAAAUUGUCUGAGGCACAGAAACUGCCAAAUGUGGGUUCCUACGUUCGUAUGAUCUCUGCCGAUGGCAAGAGCCUGCGUGACGUGUUGACCGCCAAGGUGCCACAGGAGCAGGAGCGCGUGAAGAACUUCCGCAAGCAGCAUGGCGCUACCAAGAUGGGCGAGACGACCAUCGACAUGAUGUACGGUGGCAUGCGCGGCAUCAAGGCCCUGGUUACCGAGACAUCGGUGCUGGAUGCGGAUGAGGGUAUCCGUUUCCGUGGCCUCUCCAUUCCCGAGUGCCAAAAGGUCCUGCCCGCUGCCGAUGGCGGCACUGAGCCUCUGCCUGAGGGUCUCUUCUGGCUGCUGCUGACUGGUGAGGUGCCCACCAAGGCCCAGGUCCAACAGCUGUCCCGCGAAUGGGCCGAACGUGCUGCCCUGCCCCAGCAUGUGGUCACCAUGUUGAACAACAUGCCAACCACUCUGCACCCAAUGUCGCAGUUCGCCGCUGCCGUUACCGCUCUGAAUCACGACAGCAAGUUUGCCAAGGCCUACUCUGAUGGUGUGCACAAGAGCAAGUACUGGGAGUACGUCUAUGAGGACAGCAUGGAUCUGAUUGCCAAGCUUCCCGUGGUUGCUGCCACCAUCUACUGCAAUACCUACCGCGGCGGCAAGGGCUCCCGUUCGAUCGACUCCAACCUGGAUUGGUCGGCCAACUUUGUCAAGAUGCUCGGCUAUGACAAUGCUCCCUUCACUGAGCUGAUGCGUCUGUAUCUGACCAUCCACAGUGACCACGAGGGUGGAAACGUGUCCGCUCACACUGUUCACUUGGUGGGCUCUGCCCUCAGCGAUCCCUACCUGUCCUUCGCCGCCGGCCUGAACGGUUUGGCUGGUCCUCUGCACGGUCUGGCCAACCAGGAGGUGCUCGUGUGGCUGCGCAAGCUGCAGAAGGAGGCCGGUAACAACCCCUCAGAGGAGCAGCUCAAGGAGUACAUCUGGAAGACCCUGAAGUCAGGACAGGUUGUUCCCGGCUACGGACAUGCUGUGCUCCGCAAGACCGAUCCCCGCUACACUUGCCAGCGUGAGUUCGCGUUGAAGCACCUGCCCGAUGACGAGACGUUCCAGCUGGUGUCCAAGAUCUACAAGGUGGUGCCCCCAAUCCUGACCGAGACCGGCAAGGUGAAGAACCCCUGGCCCAAUGUAGAUGCCCAUUCCGGUGUCCUGCUGCAAUACUACGGCAUGAAGGAGAUGAACUACUACACCGUGCUGUUCGGCGUUUCCCGUGCCCUCGGCGUGUUGGCUUCCCUCGUUUGGGAUCGUGCCCUCGGCCUGCCCAUCGAGCGCCCCAAGUCGUUCUCCACCGAUCUGCUGGUCAAGAUGGUCCAGAAGUAAGCAACUGGAUGAGCAGAAGGAGCGGGAGGAGCUGGAGUUCAACCUUUUAUAGCCAGAAGAUUAUGGACGAAGGAUGCAGAAGCUGUAGAUUGUAAUUGACGAGGGCAGAGGGAGAGAUAUUCGAUUGAAUUGGAUUAGGAUUGGAUAUCGAUAUGACGACGCUGAUAUUGAGAGAGUUGGAUAUGUGUAGUUGAGGAGAACAGCAACCAAAUACGAACCAAUAGGACAAAAAAUUAAAAAAAUAACCAGAAGAAAACUGCAACACACUGCAACCGCAAAACAAUAAGUUGGAAAUAAGGCAGAAACUUAUUUUUAGUAGUAAAAUAAUUAACGAAGAGAAACCAACAAGCAACCACUUAAUUGUAUAAGCUAUAUAUAUAUAUAAAAACGAUUGACUAUAUAUAUAGGGACAGGCAAAGAGAGAAAAAUUGUUUGCGCCUAUUGUUUUUGUUCAGCAUUUCCCCCGCCCAAGACCACCCGAAAACACCCACUAUUCCCAAUCUUUAUUAAGUUUGUUAUGUUUUCAUCUUAGCUGAUCGACUAACCAAGACCUUAAUACUUUAUCCCCUUAAACGCCCGACCCACCAGCACCACCCCGCCUGAAAACCUUAAAAAAUUACUAACUUGAUAACAUUUUACUUUUAAUUUAACUAUAAUUUAUUAUGCAAACAAGAUACAAACAAGAGAAAUACAAUACAAAAACAAGUGUAAAGAAACCAACAAAAACAUUUAAAAAAAACUCAAUAAAAAACAGAACAAUAAAUAAUAUAAUGCAUAAAGAGUAGUUAUUGCCAACUCCAUCAGUGGAAGCUGCAAAAGCGUUAGUUCAUGGCCAUGCAAGUGUAUUCGAGAAAGCAAACCCACAAUAAACCUUAGCAAACUUGAA